GACACGGAGGGGGCUCCCGCACCGCCGCGCUAGCUGCCCACAGCGCCCAGGAUUCCUUUGCUGUGUGGGCUUAGGCGGGCUCGUAAACACCGGGCUCGGGGAGGCGAUGGGGAGCUGACCUGGAAGGAAGCCCGGACCUGUGCGCUGCCGCCGCGCCUCCCCGCCCCCCUCGAAGCGCUUUUCCUGCCGCCGUGUGCGGUGUAGACGCAGGCGGGUUUCAGGGUGCGUGGGCGUGUUUGGGAAGAAGCUGCGAGCUGAUAGGAGGAAUGAUGUAUUUGUGGCCUUGGACAUGAAGUAAUCAGACCUCUGUUGCUGUUACUGUAGGCUCAGGGGCUGAUGAGGAAAGCAUGGACCUAAUGAACGGGCAGGCAAGCAAUGUUAAUAUCGCAGCCACUAUUUCCGAGAAGAGUAGCAGCUCUGAGUCACUAAGCGAGAAGGGAUCUGAAUUGAAGAAAAGCUUUGAUGCUGUGGUGUUUGAUGUUCUUAAGGUUACGCCAGAAGAAUACGCGGGUCAGAUAACACUAAUGGAUGUUCCAGUGUUUAAGGCUAUUCAGCCAGAUGAACUUUCAAGUUGUGGAUGGAAUAAAAAAGAAAAAUAUAGUUCAGCACCAAAUGCAGUUGCUUUCACAAGAAGAUUUAAUCACGUAAGCUUUUGGGUUGUAAGAGAAAUUCUCCAUGCUCAAACACUGAAAAUAAGAGCAGAAGUUUUGAGCCACUAUAUUAAGACUGCUAAGAAACUAUAUGAACUUAACAACCUCCACGCACUUAUGGCUGUGGUUUCUGGCUUACAGAGUGCGCCGAUUUUCAGGUUGACUAAGACGUGGGCGUUAUUAAGUCGAAAAGACAAAACUACCUUUGAAAAAUUAGAAUAUGUAAUGAGUAAAGAAGAUAACUACAAAAGACUCAGAGACUAUAUAAGCAGCUUAAAGAUGACUCCUUGCAUUCCCUAUUUAGGCAUCUAUCUGUCUGACUUGACCUACAUUGACUCUGCAUACCCGUCCACCGGCAGCAUUCUAGAAAAUGAGCAAAGAUCAAAUCUGAUGAACAACAUUCUUCGAAUAAUUUCUGAUUUGCAGCAGUCCUGUGAAUAUGAUAUUCCCAUGUUGCCUCAUGUCCAAAAAUACCUGAACUCUGUUCAGUAUAUAGAAGAACUACAAAAGUUUGUGGAAGACGAUAAUUACAAGCUCUCCUUAAAGAUAGAACCAGGAGCAAGUACUCCCCGCUCGGCUGCCUCCAGGGAGGACCUAGCAGGUCCUGACAUAGGCGCCUCGCCCCAGGGAGGGAGGAAGAGCAGUGCUGCUGCUGCCGCUGCUGCUGCCGCCGCCGCCGAGGGAGCCUUACUGCCACAGACGCCACCCUCCCCUCGGAACCUCAUUCCACACGGACACAGGAAGUGCCACAGCCUGGGUUACAAUUUCAUUCAUAAGAUGAACACAGCAGAAUUUAAGAGCGCAACGUUCCCAAACGCAGGGCCACGGCACCUGCUGGAUGAUAGUGUCAUGGAGCCCCACGCACCUUCUCGAGGCCAGGCUGAGAGCUCUACGCUUUCCAGUGGAAUAUCCAUAGGGAGCAGUGAUGGUUCUGAACUAAGCGAAGAGACCUCUUGGCCGGCUUUUGAAAGGAACAGAUUAUACCAUUCUCUCGGCCCGGUGACAAGAGUGCCGCGAAAUGGCUAUCGAAGCCACACGAAGGCCAGCAGCUCUGCGGAGUCGGAAGAUUUGGCGGUGCAUCUGUACCCCGGAGCUGUUACUAUUCAAGGUGUGCUCCGGAGGAAAACCUUGCUAAAAGAAGGCAAGAAACCCACAGUAGCAUCUUGGACAAAGUAUUGGGCAGCCUUGUGUGGAACACAGCUUUUUUACUAUGCCGCCAAAUCUCUGAAGGCUACAGAAAGAAAGCAUUUCAAAUCAACGUCAAAUAAGAAUGUGUCUGUGGUGGGCUGGAUGGUGAUGAUGGCUGACGAUCCAGAGCAUCCAGACCUCUUUCUGCUGACUGACUCCGAGAAAGGAAAUUCAUACAAGUUUCAAGCUGGCAGCAGGAUGAAUGCAAUGCUGUGGUUUAAACACUUGAGCGCGGCCUGCCAGAGUAACAAGCAACAGGUUCCUACAAACUUGAUGACUUUUGAGUAAACUCCUGAGACAGAAGAGGAGUGCUAUUGUUCCCGUGUGGAACCGGGACCUGCCGAGAGCCCCAGCCGCACCAUCCCGUGCCAGGAAGAGCCCCCAGGCUCCAGCCCAGCCUCCGGAGCUCAGAACCAAAAGCACUAAUUUCAGGGAAUGAAGUGAGAUGUUCCCAGAGAAAAACGAUGGAGUUGCAAAGCAAACUGCCAUGAACUGCGCUUCUUCUCUCCGAACUGACCUGUGGAAACCACUGCCUUAACAGAGUGCGAGGAGAGCCGACACCAAAUAGUGUGUGUGCGUCUUCUGGCGGUGCUGUGCUUGGAAUAAAUUGUAGCUAAUUUGCAUUUCUUUUAACUUUGUACUAAUUUUGGAGGGGAAACCAUCUUUUUUAGAUACACUUUAAAACGGAAAAACAUUUCUUAUGGAUUCCAUCAGGAGCUGUUUUAGGUGCAAUGAGAAAUCCCCUGCAGGUUCUGUUCAGCCUCUGCCAGUGGCUGCCUCACAUUCCCACAGCAAGACCUGGGAGGGACCUGCUGUGGAAGCUGUGGGUAGAUAGCUAAGGAGGGCGUGCCUCGCUUUGGUUGAGGGAUCCAUUUAAACACUACCGUUUGGAAUUGAGUGCUAGAAGGGGAACAUGAUUUCCUGCAGGAGGGACAAAGGCUGAGUGUUCACGUGCCAGCAGGCUCCAGAACACACCGGGGUUAAAGUUUAACUUUCUGUAUGAAUUCAUUGUUGGGCCCAAAUCCGCAUAGGAGCAUGGUGAUCCCAAGCUCGGGUUUCUGUAGCCUUUUCUCAAGUCAAGUGGAUUAUCCAGCCACGGGUGUCGCAGGGAAGACCCUGGUGUUUCUCGUGGUGUUGCCCCUUGCAGUGUUUAAUGUGCAGUAUGCCAGACUUAUUUUUUAUUGAGUUUUUUUUUGUUGUUCAGUAUGAGGUUCAAAAGCAUACUUGUUUAAAAGGUUCUUCAUGUAUAUGUAUGUAUUUUAUUGUAAGACAAAGCAAUUUUAAGAAGAAUAAAGGCAAAGUUUGCAGUUCUAGGAAUUAGAAAUAUAAAAGCUUUUCUUGUAUGACUUCACAAGAUAUACCAGAGCAUUGUAUUCAGAAAGUUACUGUCGGUCCCCAGGGUGAGAACCAUGUUUGUUAGUAGCUGACCAAGCAUUGGAGAGAGCUCUCCUAGGCAAUAACACAUUUAAUUUUUAAAACGAAUGUUGGACUUGACAUAGCUUAGAAUUUUAACCAAAAAUAACGCUUGACUGUUGCGGGGUCCCCACUUUUACAGUGGCUCCGUGUGCAAAGGCCUUGACUGACAGACACCUCCUAGCAAACUGCUCUUUGGGUCUCGUGUAAAAUGUCUCACAUUGUGUCCUUCAAGAAUUGUAUACUUUAUUAGAAGUAUUUUAUCACCAAGCCCAUUGAGCUUAACUAGAAAAUACUGUCUAUACAGUAAUUACAGUAAUUAGCUAAAAAAAGGAAAUUAGUCCAAGAGAAAAUGAAGAGCCUUUUCUGAGUGUUUCUAAUUUGAAUAAUUCAAAUAUGUCCUGUGACAGAAAUACCUUAUUUGGGACUUCCUUGACAAGCAGGGAAAGGCACAUAUUGCCGUUAGAGAAUGAUUUUUCAGAUAACAGUCUAAGCGAACCCGUGUUGUGUUGAGUAUAUGCAGACAGAUCUGCAGUGGCCAGCGGGGCUACAGCGCAGGCUUUCCCCGUGUGUCUUACUUUUAUCUUGCCUUUUUUUUUUUUUUUUUUUUUUUAAGCAAUCCCUUAGUUUGUUUUGCUCCAGAACAAUGUUUUAAGUCGUAUGCAUACUGUUUUUGAGAUACUGUGAAUGAGAACCCUGUGGCUGUUGUAUUACUUCUUUGUCAUGAAUAUGCUAAAGCCGUUACAAUGUAGGUGAAUCAGGUCUGGGGAGAUGGGCAGCUUGCAGAAGCCAGCCUCACAGUUUUGCCAAAGAGAAAGGGCUGGGAUGGGAGUUGUAUUUGGUGCACCCAGCUCUGGACACGUAUGGGUGUGUGGAGGGAGAACCAUAUUUAGAUUUGAUCAGCCAGGUCCUAUUAGCACCAUGGCUCCUGGCUGAAAGUAAAACUAUUUUUCUACCUUGAGAUGGCUCUAAAGGUCGGUCAUUGCUUUUUAGGAUGAUUUUAGAAACCGGGAGAGAUGCAUCAGAGUAGGUGGGUUGUUUUUUAUCUGUAAUUCACCAAAUGGUAUCAGAUUAUAAUUGAAGCAAAGAAAACAUUGCCAAACUCUAUUAAAUCUUUGAGUAUUUUACUUACUGGAGAAUGAAUCCUAUCACGCUUCCCCUCAGGUGUAAAUUAGUUCUCACCAGCUCAUUUCCCACAGACAGUAAAGCUCGUUUGUUUCUCUCAUAGCCAAGGAGAACUCUUUUAGAAACUCGAUUAAAAUUUAAACUUUACAAGCAGACCGACUGGGAUAUUGUUUGGUCUGGUGUGAUAGUGUGUAGUACUAGCCAUCUCUCAUCUAACAACUGAUUCAAACAGAGAGGCUUAUUUUUCAGAAGUCUGUUUUUAAAGUGUACCUGUAACAAUGACUGCAUAAUGCCCCAAGCACCAUUUUGGGCUUCAUGUGCUUGCUUUUCAGAAUAUUUCAAUAUGCUGGCUAAACUGUAAGGAUCAGAAGAAUUGAUGGGAUACAGCUUUCUGUUUGGUUUCGUUCAGUGUAUAUUUGUGUAAACAGUUCAGAAAGGAUCUACCUUGCGAUUGUGUUUUUCCCUCUUUGUAGGCCUAUGUUCCCGUAGCAGUUAUUUUUCUGUGUCAACCGGACCAUCCACCAUUGUGCCACCUUCUGCACAGGCUCUUGAUCCUGACGUUGAGUCAUACUGUUCAUAACUGCAGAGUUUGACUUAUUAGAAGCCCAACAAGAACAUUGUUAUCCCGGAGGAAUGAGCCAUGCUUAGCCAGCCCCUCCAUGGUUGGAGCAAGGAUGAACACAGCCUCGUCAGUCUCUGGGGCUGCAUUACCUCUCCAAUGACCUCAGCAGAAAGCCUUCUGAGGUUAAAUCUGUAAAUUACAUGCCUUUAAAACUGAGGCAGUCUAUUGAUUGGAAAUCAGUACUAAUCGAUUUAUUAACUCAUUGGCCUUUAAGAGAACACACCCUUCCUGUUUAUUGAGGCACAUUCCUUUCUAGCUGGAUUUCAAGCCAUCAUGCAAACCUUCUGCAAACAAGAGUUACUGGCAUUGCUUACUGGAAGAUUGGCUUUAGUCAGAAGGAAUCCUCUGCCCACAAUGCUUUUGAAAGACUUGGAUCCUUUUGAAAUGGAUGCUGAGCUGCACUGUGCGGGGCAACAUCAGUGAGGACCACUGCUGCUUGAGGGGUGACAGCUAGCAGUGGUUGGGGUGUGUCUGACAAGCCUCCUUUUAGGGCUUGCAUUCAUUUUCUUUUAUAUUAUUUCUUAGAAACAUAGUACCAUCCUGGUUUUAUAGCUGUGGGGUUAUUGCUUCUUCAAGCCUCUGAGGUACAAGAAUUGCUAUUAAAUAGUAUUGAUGAUAAAUUGCCUAUGAACCACUUCAAAAUGACUUAAGUACCUUUUGGAUUUGCUUCUCAAAAAUGGCUUGUGUCUAAAUUCCAGUUUGAGAAUCUUCUGAAGAGAUGUAUACUCACCAGCUCUUCAGCCCAGUGAAAGCAAUUUCUUUUUCCCUAUCUCCAGCCAUAGUUUGGGGAAAUUGGGUCAGUGUCUUAGCGGUCUGAAGGUCAGUGUUAGGGCAUUGAGGAUGACUGGGACCACCUGCCCACCUAACCCCCUGACUUGAGGGCCGUGCUUGUCCCUCUCCCCACCCACUAAAUCUGGCAGUCGUAAAAUAGGAGACUACAGACAUUUGGAUGCUUGCAGGCCUCUGAUCUUAGAUCUUAGUUCUUUUUCAGAUAAGCCUCCCCCACCCUGUUGCUCUCAUGUCCAGGUAGGUGAGAAAUAGAGCCACUCAAGUCAGCCUUUUGAUGAGCACUCUUAAUGUUGGCUUUGAAGAACCUCCCUCGAGCUGAGUAUAUAUAUUUGUGUUGUUUUGAGCUUAGGUUUAAUGAUGAGGCCUGUUGGGGAAAUCCGAAAGGAGUAAGAUGCACACAGAAGGAGUUGUUGAGAUGUCACUAAAGUCCUGUGAUGGCAGUCUGUUGAGCCAGAAAUGGAACUUAUUUCAGUUUCCUACUUGAGACAGAAUGAACAAGCAGUCCCUUCUCCGGCUUGUUACUGCUGACUUGAAAAAUCUUUAUUAGUAGUAGGGAAGGAGCGGCACUAAUAAUAAAUCAGAGGGAAGACUCAGCCAGGGCGGAGUUUGGAAACAUCUUGCUUAAGACCUUGGAAGUCUGGGAGAUACCGUCAUCUGAGUAGGAACACUGUUUUCAGGGUCCUUAGAGAAUAGAUAGACACACACAGACACAAGGGAAGGGCUAGCUGUUCAUUGGGGGUUUCAGACGGUUGGUCUGCAAAAUAGAGUUACAGGUGUCCAUAGAGCGCUUGAGGGUAGAAGACAGAAAAUGCCAAAUAUCAGCAGGAUAUUUCAGAUGUAUAUGCCAAGUAAAAAAUGUCACGUCCCUGAAGAUGUCACCUGAACUACUCAAUAGGAUUCCAAGAAGUACUAAUUUAACAGGUGUGACUAAGGUAGCUGAUGGGACACAGAAGUGUUUCUCAAGUGUCUCUGCACCUUGGCUGUUGACGCUCGUUCUUUGACAGCCUACUGAAGGACCUAGAAGAAAGAACUCAAACAUCUGUAGAGAUAAUUACCCAAAGCUAAUAAUCUAUACAAAACAAAAACAAACAAACCCACAAGCCAUUUUCAUUCUGUGUUCCAGUUAACUUGAGGUACUUAAUGAUGAAGCAUUCGCUUGCACUGUGACCUCCUUGAGUGAUGUGCAACUUGGCUCCUCUCUGCUUUUGUUUCAUUUUAAUAUGCAGAAGUGAGUGUGUGAUCUUCAGUGUGUUUGCAUAAGCUAACCUAAAAUGAAUUUAACAACAGUUUUCUGAAAUAUUUCUAUCGAAAUAAAUGACUUAAAAGUAAA